UGUCCUGUCAUGUCCUAAAUCUCGAGUAAAAACCCUCGACUCCUUAAAACCCACCGUACAGAAAAGGCCCGCUGUUAUUUGCUUGUGAGAGUGUAGUGUGAUGGCCGUUGUACUGAAAGCAACUUGCUUCCUGCAAUUGAAGAAGAAAUCCGAAGACCCUUUUCUCAUUCGCCCUAAUUUCCAGAGAUUCUCCAUUUCAACCAAAACCUUCAAACCCCCAAUGGCCACUCUCACCACUGCCCCAACCGUUGGGCUCUCUGAAACUUUCACCAGAUUGAGAAGCCAAGGCAAAGUGGCAUUUAUCCCAUACAUCACAGCCGGUGAUCCUGACCUUUCAACAACAGCCGAAGCAAUGAAGGUGCUUGACGCGUGUGGGUCGGACAUAAUCGAACUUGGUGUACCAUACUCUGAUCCUCUGGCAGAUGGUCCAGUUAUACAGGCUGCUGCUACACGUUCACUGGCAAGAGGGACCAAUUUCAAUUCGAUUAUCUCAUUGUUGAAGGAGGUGAUACCGCAAUUAUCUUGUCCAGUAGCAUUAUUUUCAUAUUACAACCCAAUACUUAAGCGAGGGGUUGAGAAGUUCAUGACUACGGUGAAAGAUGUCGGUGUACAUGGACUUGUGGUCCCGGAUGUUCCUCUGGAGGAGACUGAGAUCUUGAGAAGGGAAGCUCUUAAGAAUAAAAUUGAAUUGGUACUACUUACAACACCCACUACUCCAACAAAUCGAAUGAAAGCCAUUGUUGAAGCUUCAGAAGGAUUUGUUUAUCUUGUGAGCUCAGUUGGAGUUACCGGUACUCGGACAUCUGUAAGUGGAAAGGUUGAAUCUCUUCUGCAGGAAAUAAAAGAGGCGACUUGUAAGCCGGUGGCAGUUGGCUUUGGUAUAUCAAAACCCGAGCAUGUGAAGCAGGUGGCUGGAUGGGGAGCUGAUGGCGUGAUCGUAGGUAGCGCGAUCGUGAAAUUGCUGGGCGAAGCGAAAUCUCCAGAAGAAGGGUUGAAAGAAUUAGAAAUCUUCACCAAGUCGUUGAAGUCCGCCCUGGCUUGAUAAACAAUUAUGUUGUAUUAAAUUAAGCUUGUAAACUCUUCUUUCAAACUUUAAAUAAAUAUUGGAGUUACAUAAUAAGCAUAAUAUCGACUCAUUCUCCAACUUAAAUAGGCAUGAGUUGUUCUUCUUCA